AUGGGUUUUGAAGCAACAAAUUCUUCAGAAAUAAUAGCUCGCAAAUUAAUAGAAAAGAAAGACGCCAUUGAAAAUGAAUUGAAAGAAUUAGAACAAGUAUUAAAGGGACAAGGCGUUGGAAUGGUCGAAUCUUUAGUUGAUAAAUCAGGAUUUCCACGCGAUGAUAUUGAUUUAGUUGCCGUUAGAACUGCUCCAUUACGAAACGAUCAUAAAGAUAUAAUGAAGCAGAUUGAAAGUGCUCUUCACGCAAUGCAUGCAGAAAAUCAAGCAAAUAAAGCUGCAACGGAAAAUAAAUCAACAGGUCAAAUUCGGCCAGAACCUUUCGCUGUCGUAAAUGCAGUAGCACCCGAUUCACCAGCAAAAGAAGCAGGAUUAUUUAAAGGGGAUAAGAUUACGCGAUUUGGUUCAAUCCACGUCGGAAAUCAUCAAAAAUUACAAGCCCUAAACACAUUGGUCAUAGAUAAUGAAGGGAAAGCCAUUAGUGUAACAAUUGAACGCGGAGAAGUUAAUUCUGAGGAAGUUUUGGUAUUACAGUUAACGCCAAGAAGCGGAUGGGGCGGAAGAGGGCUCUUGGGCUGUCAUAUUAUACCAUUAUAA